AUGAGUGGACUGCUGACAUGGGGCCUGCUGUUACUGAUUCUACAUCAGACGCAGAGUUCAGUUGUAUCCAAGAGUGAGAACUUAGAUGCAACAGCGUCUUUGAAAAUGCAAGCCAGCUUUAUCGACCACAACAAUGUUACGUUGGCAGCCAUCGCUGAGGCACAACCGACGAACCCGCAACGCAGACUCUCGCGAGGCAAGCGGUUUGUGGCCUUUCCAGAAGGGUCAUCAGCUUCCGCUGCUAUUUGCUUAACUACAGGCGUGCUCGGUAAUCCCAAUUUACUCUAUUUGAGUUUCGGUCUGAAUUGGGGUGUUGCCUAUGACUUGCCCAAUGUGACGUGGGUACUGCACCAUUUGCACGGCUUCCGUUCAAAGAAAGCGGGUGUUAUACAAAUCAAACGCAGACAUCGUAGAGACCUUUAUGGACAGCUGGAGGCGAUGAUGGGCAGCAUGGGCUAUGAUGGACGCGAUUGCAUUUUGAGAACACUCUGCGAGAGUCGUCAGUAUUUUCAGCGAACCAAAAUGAGCAUGAUCGGCGAAAUGCUUCGAGCGAUAUUCAGCCUUCCGAAGCAGCGCCUCUACAGCCGGGAACUGCGUGAAAACUCUGAUAUUGUGCAUUAUGAUCGCGCCUAUCGGAAUGCCUUGGACGAUGACUGCAAUCGCCAAUACAAUUGCCCCUUCUCACUACUGGAAUUGGCGUUUGGAAAAUACUCCACGCCGCCUAAAAAUUAUUAUGCUUAA